CGACUUAACAUCGUUGACACAUGACAAUGACAGACGUCAGUUUUCUCCAUUGAAAUCAAAAAAAUAAUAAAUCAAUUUUAAUUAGAAACAUGAAUCCCCUAAUAAAAUCAUUUAAAACACCAAAACUCUGGCUGAAAAACAAUGCAAUAUUAGUAACAGCAGUUAGAAAUCACUGGAACAAGGAUUACAAGCCUGGACCGUAUCCUCAAACCGAGGAAGAGAGAAAGAAAGCUGCUGCUAAAUAUGGCUUGACUCCUAAAGAGUACGAUGUCUACGCAGACGAUGGUAUGGGAUACGGAGAUUACCCCAAAUUGCCCAGGAUAUCUAUGGAUUCCAAGGAUCCUUUCUAUCCCUGGGACUUUCCGGAAUUGAAAAGAAACUUCAAUGAACCUAUGCAUGUAGAGUUCGAUUUAUUGAGAGACGAUAGAUACGAUGUCAACCAGAAAUUAAAGUAUUCAAUGUGGAUGCAGUUUGCCAUGUUCGUUGGUGUUGUGGGAACCUUGGGUACAAUAUACUUGUUAAUGGAAAAUGUAAAAAUGUUCCAUUCUGCAAUACCAAAACAGUACCCUAACAAAGGUAAGACGCAUUAUACAUUCGAACCUCUUGAAACUAGAGAAUCGUAAUUGGUUUUCAUAAAGUGAUUUAUUGUUAAAAUAAUAGAUAAUUUUGAAUAAAUUAACUCUUAAAGGGUUUUGUUGCCGUUUUCUUCAAAUAUUAAAUAGAUUGUACUGAGU